AUGGACGACGACGGCAGCCUGAGCAUUCGGAAUUGGGGCUUCUAUGAGACGAUGAAAGGCAACCUCGGCCUGCAGCUGAUGCCAUCUGUGGCCGGCGCCGGCCACCGGGACACAAAGCCGCUGCUCCCUAACGGCACCUUCUUGCAGCACCACAACGCCCCGCACCACCCGCCGCAUUCACAUCAUCCCCGCGACUAUGGUAACGGCGAACCCUCUGGUGGCAUGCCCACCGAGCCGCCGGCUAUUCACAUGGAUUUUGUGCGCAAUGAGGCCUGGAUGCACCCCUCGCAGCAUCAGCAUCAGCACCAGCACCAGCACCACCACCAGAACCAACAUCAACAGCAGCAUCAGCAUCAGCAUCAACAUUCCCGUGAGCAGAAGGUCCUUCAUGCUGUUCCUCUUGGGCCUGCUGGACAUAUUGGACAUCCUGGACAUGCUGUGCAUCACCACCCUACAGGUUUUGGAAUGAUGCCAGAUGCGCGUGGUGCGCACACUCUCCAGAUGAUGCAGCCACAGGAGCCUCCUGUGCCCGAGGAGGAAAAAAUUGCCCCACCGUUGGUUGAAGAGCAUUCUGUGGUUGGAAGCAAGCCUCCGGUAAAGAAGAGGCAGCAAGGUCGUCAGCCUAAGUUGCCGAAGCCGAAGAAGCCUAAGAAGGUUGCUACUCCAGGGGAAGAUGGGGCACCCAAGGCCCGUGCACCCCGAAGCAGGGGUCCUCUUAAGCCUGUGGAAAUGGUAAUUAAUGGUAUUGAUUUUGACAUUUCAAGGAUACCAACACCUGUGUGCUCAUGCACUGGAGCUCCCCAGCAAUGCUACCGGUGGGGUGCAGGUGGCUGGCAGUCUGCAUGCUGCACAACUUCUAUUUCGACAUAUCCGCUGCCAAUGAACACAAAGCGCCGGGGCGCACGUAUUGCUGGAAGGAAGAUGAGCCAAGGUGCAUUCAAAAAGGUUCUUGAGAAGCUAGCUGGUGAAGGGUACAACCUUAAUAAUCCAAUUGACUUGAAGACCUUCUGGGCCAAGCAUGGCACAAACAAGUUUGUAACAAUCAGGUAA